UUAACCCCAGCUGCCCUUGAAGUCCCCACAAUGCGGUCCCCACCAGCCACCUUCUCCCUGCUCCUGUUGCUGCUGGGCCAGGCCCCUCCAAGCAGGCCGCAGUCACUGGGCACCAUGAAGCUACGGCUGGUGGGCCCAGCGAGCAAGCCAGAGGAGGGCCGCCUGGAGGUGCUACACCAGGGCAAGUGGGGCACCGUGUGUGAUGAUGACUUUGCCCUCCAGGAGGCCACAGUGGCCUGCCGCCAGCUGGGCUUUGAGGCCGCCUUGACCUGGGCCCACAGUGCUAAGUAUGGCCAAGGAGAGGGCCCCAUCUGGCUGGACAAUGUGCACUGUGUGGGCACAGAGAGCUCCCUGGAUCAGUGUGGGUCUAAUGGUUGGGGCGUCAAUGACUGCAGCCACUCAGAGGAUGUUGGGGUGGUGUGCCAACCCCGGCGCCAGCACGGCUAUCUUUCUGGGAGCAUCUCCAAUGCCCUUGGGCCCCAGGGCCGGCGGCUGGAGGAGGUACGACUCAAGCCCAUCCUUGCCAGUGCCAAGCGGCAGAACCCAGUGACUGAGGGGGCUGUGGAGGUGAAGUAUGAGGGACACUGGCGGCAGGUGUGUUACCAGGGCUGGACCAUGAACAACAGCAGAGUGGUGUGCGGGAUGCUGGGCUUCCCCAGCCAACAGCCUGUUGAUACCCACUACUAUAGGAAAGUCUGGAACUUGAAGAUGAAGGAUCCCAAGUCUAGGUUGAAGAGCCUCUCUAGGACCAAUUCCUUCUGGGUCCACCGUGUCACCUGCCUGGGAACAGAGUCCCACAUAGCCAGCUGCCAAGUGCAAAUGUCUCCAGCCCGGGGCAAGCUGCAGCCAGCCUGCCCAGGAGGCAUGCACGCUGCGGUCAGCUGUGUGGCAGGGCCCCUCUUCCGCCAGCCCAAGGCAAAGCCAAGGCGCAAGGAUCCCAGGGCAGAGGAGCCGAGGGUGCGCCUCCGCUCUGGGGCUCAGGUGGGCGAAGGCCGGGUGGAAGUGCUCAUGCACCGUCAGUGGGGCACUGUCUGCGACCACGGGUGGAAGCUCAGCUCUGCCAGCGUCGUGUGUCGUCAGCUCGGCUUUGGCUCUGCUCGGGAGGCCCUCUUUGGGGCCCGGCUGGGCCAAGGGCUGGGACCCAUCCAUCUGAGUGAGGUGCACUGCAGCGGGUAUGAGCAGACCCUCAGUGACUGCCAAGCCCUGGAAGGGUCCCAGAAUGGUUGUCAACACGAGAAUGACGCUGCCGUCAGGUGCAACGUCCCUAACAUGGGUUUCCAGAAUCAGGUGCGCUUGGCUGGCGGACGCAAUCCCGAGGAGGGUGUGGUGGAGGUGCAGGUGGAGGUGAACGGGAUCCGACGCUGGGGGGCCGUGUGCAGUGACCACUGGGAGCUCACUGAAGCCAUGGUGGUCUGUCGACAGCUCGGUCUGGGUUUUGCCAAUCAUGCUAUCAAGGACACCUGGUACUGGCAGGGCACACCGGGGGCUGGAGAUGUGGUGCUGAGUGGGGUGCACUGCUCUGGGACAGAGCUGGCCCUGCAGCAGUGCCAGAGGCACGGGCCGGUGCACUGCUCCCACGGCACAGGGCGCUUCUCGGCCGGAGUCUCCUGCACCAACAGUGCUCCAGACCUAGUGAUGAACGCCCAACUGGUCCAGGAGACGGCCUACUUGGAGGACCGCCCGCUCAGCCAGCUGUACUGCGCUCACGAGGAGAACUGCCUCUCCAAGUCUGCCGACCUCAUGGACUGGCCCUACGGACACCGACGCCUGCUGCGCUUCUCCUCACAGAUCUACAACCUGGGCCGGGCCGACUUUCGCCCCAAGACAGGCCGCCACAGCUGGAUCUGGCACCAGUGUCACAUGCACUACCACAGCAUCGAGGUCUUCACCCACUAUGACCUACUCACUCUCAAUGGCUCUAAGGUGGCUGAGGGACACAAGGCCAGCUUCUGUCUAGAGGACACGAAUUGUCCCACAGGCCUGCAGCGGCGCUAUGCAUGUGCCAACUUUGGGGAACAGGGAGUGACUGUGGGCUGCUGGGACACCUACCGGCAUGACAUUGACUGCCAAUGGGUGGACAUCACAGAUGUGGACCCUGGGAAUUAUAUCUUCCAGGUGGUGGUGAACCCCAAAUAUGAGGUGGCAGAGUCAGAUUUCACCAAUAACAUGAUGCAGUGUCGCUGCAAGUAUGACGGGCACCGGGUCUGGCUGCACAACUGCCACACAGGGGAUUCAUAUCAAGCCAACGCAGAGCUGUCCCUGGAGCAGGAGCAGCGUCUCAGGAGCAACCUCAUCUGA